AUGGCGAGCGAACAGCGCGGUGAUGGCGAGCAGGCGCCGCUCCUGCCGACUGCCUCCCAACCUGCGGCCCGCACGAGCAGGCGCCUAAAGAAGCUCACGUUGGGAACGUUGGCUGCCUCUAUCGGCGCUAUAUUAUUUCUGGCCGCAGGACACGGCGACCAUCCGCUGCACCACGACCCUUCGGAGCUGUCUGUGCCUGUACCACAAGAGGUCCUGCCAGACUUUGUACCCCAGACAGCCGCGUUCCGGAAUCCGGCUGUGCUUGUCAAGGCGAAGCAUGGAGCUGUUGCCAGUGAGGAGAAGACGUGUUCGAAUAUUGGAGUCGACGUGCUGAAGGAUGGCGGAAACGCGGUGGACGCGAUGAUCAGUACUGUACUGUGUAUUGGCGUUAUCAACAUGUUUUCAUCAGGACUUGGUGGCGGUGGUUUCAUGACCGUACGCAUACCGCCAAAGGAGAAGGGUGGCGAAUCAGAAGUAUGGAACAUCGACUUCCGCGAGACCGCGCCUGCGUUAGCGAAUACGACAAUGUAUGUCGAUGACCCCAUGAAGGCGUUGUUCGGUGGGCUAUCGGUCGCCGUUCCUGGAGAAGUUCGUGGGCUAGGCGAAGCGCACAAGCGUUGGGGAAAGCUUUCCUGGGCAAGGCUAGUCCGGCCAGCCGCCGAAGUCGCAGCAGGGUGGACUAUGGGUCCCGAGCUUUCGCGUCGUAUUCAUAUGGAGUUCUUCGCCCCGCUCAUGCUUCAGAACAAAGACUGGAGCUCUAUAUUCGCACCCCACGGCGUGCUUCUGCGCGAGGGCGAGCUCAUCAGGCGCACCAACUUAUCGCGUACUUUGACAGCUCUUGCGGAAGAGGGCCCUGAAGUGUUCUACAAGGGCGAGAUUGCUCAGGCCAUCGUCAACAAGGUGCAGAAGGAAGGUGGUAUUUUGACCCUGGAGGACUUGGCGGACUAUCGUGUCAAGGUCAUGAAGGCGUUGAGCGGUACCUACAACGGUCGCAAGGUGUACGUGCCACACGCACCGACUUCUGGUCCAGUACUACUACACAUGCUGAAUCUGGUGGAGAACUAUGACCUUGCCGCCGAAGGCAAGACCGGGCUAAACCUCCAUAGGAUAGUGGAGGCAAUGAAGUUCGGCUUCGCUGCUCGCACGAAGAUCUGUGAUCCUGUCUUCAGCGACGAUGCAUCUCGUAUCAAGGAGAUCCCUCAUAAGGACUUUGGCGAGCAGAUAUUCGCGAGGAUGACAGACGAUCGGACACAUGAGCCCGCCUACUACAAGCCCAUCUUCGAUGUACCCGAGGACCAUGGCACGAGCCAUACCUCGGUUGUUGACAAAGACGGAAUGGCAGCCUCGAUCACAACGACCGUCAACUUGGUGUUCGGCUCUCAAGUACUUGAUCCUGUGACGGGAAUCAUCAUGAACGAUGAGAUGGAUGACUUCUCCAUACCGGGUACCCCCAACGGCUUCGGGCUGUGGCCUUCUCCCUACAACUACCCGGAACCUGGAAAGAGACCGCUUUCAUCCACUGUCCCCUUGAUUGCCGAAGACGCAAACGGCGAUCUUGAGCUCGUACUCGGUGGCUCAGGCGGCUCGCGCAUCUUCCCCGCCGUCUUCCAGGUCAUGCUCAAUGUCGACUGGGGAUAUGAUAUCAGCGCUGCCAUCGAGGACGGCCGCGUACAUAACCAACUAUACCCUCAAUAUGUGGACGCGGAUAGCACGAUUGGUGACGAGCUGCUCGAUGGUCUCAGGACUCGUGGGCAUAAUGUCACUGUGAUGCCGUUCGAACGCGUUGCCGCCGUUAUCAACGGUAUCAAGGUGGAGGACGGAAUUAUCUACGCUGCAAGCGACUCCCGGAAGAACGGCAUCGCUGUUGGGUAUUGA